AUGCCUGAUUACCUUGUGCGACUGGUGCAGAUGCACGAGAGCUUUCGCCAAGCGGAACUCCAGGCUCUCGCUGAUGUUGCUGAAGUGCCUAUUGAGUUCGUGAAAUAUGACGAAGAGUCUCCAUUCUGCAUCGUCCGUCUUCCUUCGGAUUCGGCCGCCAAAGCAGUCAUUUCAAGGAGUUUAUUGUCGCAAGGCAUUUACGAACUUUGGGGACAGGGCGCAACGUACGAUGCGCUACACAAAUCCGUGAAUGAUGUUUCUAGUGCAAAAUGGGCCCAAUACGAAUCAGUUCCAUUCCGGUUCACGCUGGAUUGCUAUCGUGGGACGCGAGAUCAAACGCAACAACGUGAGAUCAUCGAGUCGUUCUCCUAUCUGGGCUUCAAUGGACCUAUCCGGAUGCGAGACGCCGAUGCAUCAUUCAAAGUGUUUGAAGAAUAUGGUGAAAAGGCGUCUGAACCUAAGUACAUGUAUCUUGGCCGUUCCGUGGCUGCCUCCGGUCGUGAUGCAAAGACGACAUACGAUCUGAAGAAGAGACACUACAUUAGUACCACUUCAAUGGAUGCCGAGCUCGCGCUUGUGACGGCCAACAUGGCGCUUGCGGCUCCUGGCAAGCUGUUCUACGAUCCUUUCAUGGGAACAGGCGGGUUCCCUAUUGCAUGCGCUCAUUUUGGGGCAGUGGUCUGUGGCAGCGAUAUCGAUGGCCGUAGCAUUCGUGGGACUGGCGGUAGUGCGAGAAAGGGACAGACUGGGAAAUUCGACGUUCGGGGAAAUUUCCAACAGUACGGUCUCGAGUCAAGAUACCUUGGAGCAUUCGUUUCUGACCUCACAAACACACCAUUCCGGUUAUUGCAACACAGCAAUCCCGCAAGUAGAGGCGGAUAUUUGGACGGUAUAGUUUGCGAUCCACCUUACGGCAUCCGGGAAGGCCUCAAAGUGCUAGGAUCGCGCGACGAGCUCAACGUACAAGAACGCGCAACGCAUAAAGAUCGAUACAGAGAACCGGGCUAUAUACCUCCAAAGAAGCCUUACUCUUUCACCGCCAUUCAAGACGAUAUACUAGCAUUCGCCGCCGCAACGCUAGUGGAGAAUGGAAGACUCAGCAUGUGGAUGCCAACGGCGAAUGAUGAAGACGUGGAACUGGUCAUUCCCACGCAUCCUUGCUUAGACAUCGUGUCCGUGUGUGUACAGCCAUUUAACAAAUGGUCCAGAAGACUCCUAACGUAUCGAAGACGGACUGAAUCUGAGAUACCUGAGGGCGGGUUAGAAUCGGUCAAGAAAGAAUAUGAGAAGGGCGUCAAAGCAGAUGAACUGAAUGAUUUCCGCAGGAAGUACUUCGAAGGUUUCAAGGAAUUUGAGAGGCUAAGACAAGAGCCAGGUACAGACGGGGCGAACUACAAAGCAGACGAUAGCAAAGGUGUCAGCGGACGUUGGAGAGAAAAGGGUGGCGCCAACUAG